AUUAUAAAUCUUCUUCCGUGUCGACCCAGGUUGAUAAGGCAACAUUGGGAGCGAAAACAGCAGUUCCAUUAGACUCUGUUGCACUUGUUUCCGGGACACUGGAUGAUGAAGUAGCUGUAUUCUUGGCUGCAAGAGGGAAGAAAUGUAGUGCAAACCCUGUAACCAACCCAUUAGUUAUAGCUGCUAUGGGGGCAAAUAAGUAGGAGUCACGUAUGCCCCAUCAGACUCAGGUACCACCUAGUAUUCACGAUCUCAUCUUUUUAGAAAAAAAAGAAAACAUAUGCACUGGAUUUUAAACUUGUGUUUUAAUUGCACGUAACUUGAUGCAUACAUAAAUUGAUAUACAGCGAUGUGUACUGCAUAAGGUCUCGAAGGGUACUGUCUUUCCGCGCUCCACUUCUUUACCGCCCUGGAUGCGUGCAGUGUUGACACUGUUGCCAUCAACUAGGUCCUAACAGUGACUAUGCCGGCGUUUGUGAUACCGCAUUACGAAAAUAGUGACAAGUUAAAGGGCCACUCCAACUUCCGGUCAUGGAAACAAAGAGUCGAGCGUGACAUGCUUGCUCUAGGACGCUCCGAAUUCUUGAAUUACGACAUGGGUGGACCAGACUGCACAAUGAGUAACGAAGAAAAGCACAUGUACAAUGCUCAAGUGCUACAAUAUUUGGAAGCAUCGUUGCAGCAUGCUCCCAAAACUGUGAUAGAGAAUGAGCAGUCAGCAGCCGAAGCUUUCCAAAAGCUGACAAAAAUGUUUGGUAAAAAUGACGUCCAGAAGAUGGUUGAACUACUGGACAACUUCGGCAAGACGGUGUUCUACCCAAGGAUGAAUCCGGUCAAUUUCGUCUCCCAGUUUGAGAAAGGUAUCCAAGAAUUCAAGGAACUAGGUGUUCCAUUGGACCCAAAAAUAGUGGUGGCGUAUUUCCUACACAAGGUAAAGAAUGCUAAUGGGUUCCUGGCAUUCUUUACAACGAUGACCACUUUACCCGAGGCAACCAGAACUUAUGAUUUUGUGAAGAAUGCAUUUUUAGAGGUAGCAAACAGCCAGUACUUCAGAGAGGUUGACAACAAGAGUCGACAUGAUAGGUCAUAUAGGGAGCCCCAUACGAAGAAGGAAAAAAAUUCUUUCAAAAGUCCUUCGUAUUUGAAAGAGAAGAAAGGAGACAGUAGUCCCUAUUCUAUCGAACAACUCGAAAAAAUUAAGAAAAUGACGCCACCUGAAAAACGAGAAGCCAGCUGUAAAAAGUGUGGUUUAUUAUUCCAUCGGUCAGCUGCAUGUACCAACACAGAGAGAUUCUGCUAUUAUUGCCAUAAGAAAGGUCAUGAAAAGAAGCACUGUAGGAAACUGAAGGAAUACAAAUCUAGUAAGUCACUGUUUGAUCUAAACAAUUUCUGUACGUUUGCAACAUUUCUAGUUGAUUCUGACUUAAUCAGAAGCAGAUUAAGCUAGGAAAAAACAGUUUAAAUUCCAUCAUGGUGAUAGGGAUGUUACAUUUGAAGAAGGUGAAGAAGUUUACAACAAAGAUUACCGAGAUGUAAAUAGGCCAAAGUGGGUAAAGGCAAUAAUUUGUGGUGUUCUAGGUAAAAGAACAUAUGUUUGUGCACCAUUAGAAUGUAAGAAUCUGAGGUGGAAAAGGCAUUA